CUCCUUGGAAGCUUUAAAUAGUCUUUAGUCUGGCUUUACCAGUUUUUUCUGAUUCUUGGCCUAAUAUUUGCAGCCAGUAUAGCUUCUAGUUCCUGGCUGAAAAGGAGCACACCUUCGGAUGUCUAUUAUAAAUACAUCCGUUCCCAACAAUGAGAUUCUUAUCAAGCUCGGUGCCCGAGGGAAUCUUUCGCUUGGAGUUGAGAAGUGGGAUGAGGUGUACCAUGGUAGGCUCAGGCAGAUUCUAAUUUCGCAUGGAGAUGCCAUCAACUCCAUCCAAGUGUCUUAUACUGACGGAUCAGGCAGAUUAGUUCUUGCACCCAGGCAUGGAGGAUAUGGAGAAAAAUUCGAUUGUGUUGAUCUAGAGUCCUGGGAGACUCUGACCAUGGUGGGGGGAUACUACGGGCCCCUGAGAGGAAACAAUGCAGGCAUUGUAAGAUCCCUCGCUUUUGGCACCAAUGGAGCCACGUAUGGACCGUUCGGCAUCGAGGAGGGGACACCAUUUCGUUUCAAUAUUCCUUCUGGUGUUAGGUUCUGGGGUUUCCAUGGGGGUUCCGAUAGCCGCUAUCUUCAUGCGAUUGGCAUAUAUAUCAAAUCCAUGGCAAGAUACUAUCUCGCGCCAAAGCCCGAACGAGUUUCUUUCUCACGCUCCACUCGUUCGGUGCCGUGGAUGUAGAGGAAGAGGAGAGAGACGUAGAGGGAGAGGAGCAGCAGACGUGAGGAGAGAAGACUAUGUUCUUUAUUUCAUACUUCAAACAGUGCUAUAGCCUAUAGCCCAUCUUUUAUAGUUGAAGGUGGCUAUGUACAGCUCAUAUAUAGCUCAUAUAUACAACUCAUAUACAGCAAU